AUACCUGCCCAUCCCCUCCGCGCGUCCACGGAGGGGAGGUCCGCUCUCUUUUAUGGCGCUGCCGGAGCAGACGCAGCCAGUCAGUGCGCCGUCAGACCGCCGGGUGCGCGCUGAGUCGAGCAGCUCCUCGCUCUAACUUGGCUGGGAUCACUACGAGAGCGGAUACACCAAAACACAACGGUGAGGUGAGGCCACGAACCAGAUCUGCAUCUCCCCAUCUGUCCAUCAACCAACUAAGUGCCUCGGUGCUGGCCACCUUCAGGUUCCCUCAACCACAACGGCUGCCAAACAAUACGAGUCCUGACCCAGGCUGCCUGCGCAAAGCAAAUAUUUGACACCGUUAUAUCUAAUUUCUCCCGGCAGCUGUCACUGAAAAGAUCAACUGCAACGGAGACAGAGAGAAAAGAGGGAAGAAAAAGUGGGGGAGGAAAAGUAACCCUUUUUAAGUGCACCCUGCCUGCUAUUUCUGCUGCGCUGUGGGCAGGGAGCGUCUCAUUUCGGAGUCUUCCUGGCUGACAAGAAAGGUCUUCCCAGCUCCCUGGCUGCACAAAUAGCUGGACAAAGAUAUCAAUUUGUCUUUGCACUAACUUUGCCCAACAAAGACUCUGCAGGCUAACUUUAGCUGGCUUUGCAAGUUUGAACUCUGAGGUCACUUGAAUUGCUACCUAGCUUCUCAGAAAGAGAAGGGAAAUGAGAGCUGAAGUCAUUUCACUCGCCCUUCAACGUCCCCAGUGAGAAGUUUUCAGGACCAAACGCAGCUCCUAGGGGGCGCCACAGUCUGUACGUCAACCGAAGGAUGCACUUUUAAUAUCGACCUCUUCUCAGUUAAGAAGGAUGAAACCUCUGACGCCAAUUGGAUCCCCGUCCCCUCUGAGGCUCCUCAAUAAAGGCCCGGAGUACCUUCGCAGACAGAUCGACGGUGGAGGACAUGGUCGCUCGAUUAGUGCUGUGGAGCGUCUGGAGGCAGAUAAAGCCAAAUAUGUCAAGAGCCAGCAGGUCAUAAACACCAAGCAGGAGCCUAUCCUGGUGCCAUGUGCCACCCCGCCACCUCUACCACGACGAGCCAUCGCCCUCCCAGAAAGCUUGAGCCCGCCACUGUCCCCUCUCCACUCAUCCGACACCCACUUCUCCUCGCUGUCUUGCACUUAUACCUCAAGAGACGAGAACGAGAACGAUGAUUCCAGAAAGGAGAACCGCAGGACUUCGGUCGACGUUGAGGCCCACAACAGGAGCAACAUGAGAAACGUCUUGCCCCCCACCCCAAGGACACCGGGCCUGAACGCCUUAGUUGCACCACACAGUGCCCCAGUUCUCAGAAGAAGCACUGGCAAGCGUAUGCUGCGGCCCGACUCUUUGGUCAUCUACCGUCAGAAGAAAGAGUGCAAGAGCCCCAGCACUUCAGGGGUGGGAGAGAACAACAACAUGGAACUGAGGGGCUACAGUUUCGUCCGACGGCUGUUCCAAGGGUCCAUGAGAGAGAAAAGCAGUGGGGGCGACAGCAAAAUUCAGAAGAUGGUCAUUGGGGAAGAGAAAGCGACGUCACGAGACGGCGAUUCACGUAUGUCAUGGACAAAUGACAAAGAUACGACAGAUGGCGAGAGCAGGAGGUCCAGCAGGACGGACCAGGAACGCAACAUUGGCUCCCCCGGGUCGAUCCCGAGCCCGGGCUUGAGCUGUACAUCUGAUCACGCUAGAGAUAAACCUUUAAAAACUGUUAGCAACGCCAUGACAAAUUGCAACCACUCAAGCGUAGACGAAAACGAUCCAUGGAGACGGGCAUCACCACCACCUUCACCCAGAAGAAAGUUCGGAGAGCUGCGUCGAUCCAAGUCAGACUUGCAACUUCACAGCUCUGAGGCGAUUUUGGAGCAGGAACAUUUCUUUGACUUUUGCGGGUUAGAUAUGGACAUGAUUGAACGUCUGGGCAAGGAGAACUUCCUCUCCGGGGCCAGUUCCAUAGACACGCUCUCGCUGGCUCUACGCAGCGUUGAAGAGGACGUCUGCGACGGCUCGGAGCCCAGCGAGUUCUCCCGCCACUCCGGCGACGGCCUGUUUCAAGAGGAGCUGGCCGAUCAGGUUCCCACCGGGGUGUCGAUCAUUGAGAGGAACGCUCGAGUCAUCAAGUGGCUUUAUGGGUGUAAAAAUGCUGCUCGCGAAGGACCCAAAGAGUCCACUGUUUAGUGAGUCCAGGUAAAGUCCAACCAGCCUUGUUUUGAGCUCUGUAGACCAUUAACUUGUGCAAACCAAAUCAUACUCUUAUUCCUUCACGUCAAGUUUGUGUAUUUAUAGCCAAGUGUUUUGUGGAUAGCAACCAUUUGUGUGUGCCUGUAUUAGAAGAUUUUAUAUGCCUUUUUUUAAACAGAACUGGCUUCUGAACUGGUCUGGAAUCAGAACCCUUCACAAGGCACAUAAGCGGACACAGUUUGAUGCCUCUAACAAACAAGUCUUGAGGAAUCAUUUAAGGUGGAAAAACCACUAAGCUAUUUUGUUUUUGUUUUCGAAACUGGAAAACUGUGGCGUGAGUGUGAAGUGAACCGUGAGUACCUCAUUCGGAAAUGUCCCAGUUUAGUUAGUGUCUUUUUUACUCUUUAAACGCAGGCGUUGGAACACACAUGCGAAACACCCCUGUGGGGUUGUUAAUGCACUGAACUGGACAGAGGCGGCGAGUGAGAAAACAGAUCGUUUGAUAGCUUUGACUUGAUAACAGAGAUUAAAGGGAGAGACCGCGACUCAGCAGAAGAUUCACCAAUAGUGUUUUGUAUCACUGAAAUGGUAUAUUUUUUUAGUAUUUGAACAGUUUUGAUGGCUUUAACUGCCAUUGAUUUCCAGUACUAAUGCUUCCUGAGUGCAACAAAAACAUGCCAGAGAGCGACCAAUAAUCAAUCACUUGACUUCCGACUAUACAAAUUCCACUUCAACCAAGCAAGUCAAACGCAGAGAUGUCGGUCUCUUCUCUUCUGAACAAUUUCAGGUACUUGCAAUAUUGUAGAACAAAAAUGAAAAUGACUCAUAAUAAAACGUACCCACCAUCUUCCAAAAACAUUUAAAUAUUUGAAAUAAACAGGGUAGAUUUUUUUUAGCUAUAAAAUAAUAAUCAGUAUUUUUCCUUUAAAGCAGGACCAAUCGGUGUGUAUAGAACAUUUAAAAACCUUUAUUUUUGGUCAUUACAUUUUUUUUUUAGUCAUUGGCGUGAAUUUUGGAAUUAGACUCUUGUUAUUUAGGAACUCUCGUGCGAGAGUCAUCUGGCAGCGAUUCAUCCUCCCAGCUGUCUCCAGAAAACCUGCUUCCCAUCAAAAUGAGCGCAAACAAGGAGGAUGCCAUGUGUGUUCCGAUAAGCACAGAUCCUACCUCACGUCAUCCAUCCUGCAGGGACUCCCACUUUAUCUCCACCAAAGGUCGUUUCUCCUGCUCACCACUGAAUCAGCCUCAGUACGAGGAGGUUAGACUCAUCGAUGUAACACCAGCCCUCACAGUCUGUCUUUUGUUGAUGGUCACCAAACAUCUCCACGUUUGAAACCGGCAUGUUUACAGAGUCACUGUUGAGUCAGUUUUAUAUAAAGCUUUUUAUUCCAAAGAUGUCUGUGUAUGAUGAGAACUGCAAAUAAAACAUCUAA